AUGAAGAGGUCCCCACCAUGUUCAAGCUCUUCAUCCUCUUCAUCUUGUAUUGGAUUUGAGAAUCCAAUUCAGUCAGAGAAAAAAAGGGGUGCUAAGAAUGGAAAGAAGAAUCUGAAUGUGAAGCCACAGAACUUGAAGCAAAAGAGGAACCAGACAGCAAAUGGUGGAAGCAGAAGAAGCUCCAUUUAUAGAGGAGUUACAAGACAUAGGUGGACUGGUAGAUUUGAAGCUCAUCUUUGGGAUAAGAGUUCUUGGAACAACAUUCAGAACAAGAAGGGAAAACAAGGUGCUUAUGAUACCGAAGAAGCAGCAGCUCGUACUUAUGAUCUUGCAGCACUUAAAUAUUGGGGAAAGGAUGCAACUUUGAAUUUCCCGAUAGAAAGUUAUGGAAAAGAGUUAGAGGAGAUGGAGAAAGCAUCAAAAGAAGAGUAUUUGGCUUCGUUGCGGCGGCAAAGCAGUGGUUUUUCGAGAGGAAUUUCUAAAUACCGUGGCGUUGCUAGGCAUCACCAUAAUGGUCGAUGGGAAGCUCGCAUUGGAAGAGUUUGUGGUAACAAGUAUCUCUACUUGGGCACAUACAAAACUCAAGAGGAAGCGGCAGUGGCGUAUGAUAUGGCAGCAAUAGAGUACAGAGGAACAAAUGCAGUGACAAAUUUCGACAUAAGCAACUACAUUGACAAAUUGAACAAGAAGAACAAAAAUGCUGAAAAAGAACAAACAAAGCCACAAACAACAAUCACAAGAACAACAGAAAUUGUUCCUAGUAACUCCUCUGAUUCGGAAGAAACAUCACAAGAACAAACACCAAUAGCUACACCUCCGACCCCACCACCACCAGAAAAUCUACAAAAAACCGAAACUUUUCAGCAGCAACAACAACAACAAGACGUUCCUCCAAUUGUUCAAGAACACACAUUAGUAAACGUGAUGGACAUUUAUCUUGACCAAGACCUACCAUGGAGUUACAUGUACAACGGUUUAUUAGAGUUUCAAGACACAAACAUGUCAUUCAGCAACGGUGAAGAUUUGAUUGAUAUAUUUGACGGCACAGGAUUUGUGGAAGACAUUGGUUUAAUGUUCAACACAGAAGAGCCUUGUGUUGUCGGUGAAAGUGAUAUCAAUAUCAGUCAAGUUUUGGAGGGAAUUGAUUUAUUAAACGGAAAUGCUGAAAACAUGGUUGUGGAUAAUAAUGACAAUAACAUUAACAAGGACAAGGAAAUAUUGUCCUUAGAAUCAUCAUCUUCAACAACUACUACAGUUUCUUUGUAA